GUAUAAAACCCCGAGAUUUUUCUUUUUACACAUUAUUUUCCCUCUUCUUCUUCUUCUUCUUCUUCUUCUUCGGUCAUAAAUGGCGUCUGCCAUUUUCACUCAUCCCAACUUCUCACACUCACACACAACUCCUUCACUCAACGCCUGCACCAGAAACCCACAAACACACUUCCUUUUCCAACGCACUACCCCCAAGAAAUCCAUUUCUCAAUCUUCCUUUUCCUCCAUUCUCAAAACCUCCUUUGAACCCCAACCCAGAACCCGAAUCCACUGCUCCCAAAUCCCCGACUCUUUUCCGGCGUCUGGGUAUCGACCUGAAUACAUCCCCAAUCGGAUCUCCGACCCCAACUAUGUCCGAAUCUUCGACACCACUCUACGUGACGGCGAGCAGAGUCCCGGAGCCUCACUGACCUCCAAGGAGAAGCUUGACAUUGCUCGGCAGCUUGCGAAGCUCGGCGUCGAUAUAAUCGAAGCCGGGUUUCCGGCGGCUUCAAAGGAUGACUUCGAGGCCGUGAAGCAGAUUGCUAAGGAGGUUGGGAAUGCUGUGGAUAAAGAUGGGUAUGUGCCUGUGAUUUGUGGGUUGUCAAGGUGUAAUGAGAAGGAUAUUAGGAAGGCUUGGGAGGCUGUAAAGUAUGCGAAAAAGCCGAGGAUUCAUACUUUUAUUGCAACCAGUCCGAUUCAUAUGGAAUAUAAGUUGAGGAAGAGCAAGGACGAGGUGAUCAAGAUUGCUAGGAGUAUGGUGAAGUUUGCUAGGAGUUUGGGUUGUGAAGAUGUUGAGUUUAGCCCUGAAGAUGCUGGCAGGUCUGAGAGGGAAUUUCUGUAUCAGAUUUUGGGUGAAGUUAUAAAGGCUGGAGCAACAACUCUCAACAUACCUGACACUGUGGGUUAUACUUACCCAGAAGGAUUUGGAGAAUUGAUUGCUGACAUAAAAUCCAAUACCCCAGGAAUUGAAAAUGUUAUUAUUUCAACUCACUGCCAAAAUGAUCUAGGACUUGCUACGGCCAACACUCUUGAGGGGGCACGUGCAGGUGCAAGACAAGUUGAAGUAACAAUCAAUGGCAUUGGUGAAAGAGCUGGUAACGCAUCGUUAGAAGAGGUUGUGAUGACCUUGAAAUGCCGUGGAGAUGAUGUAUUUAAGGGACUUCGUACCGGAAUCAAUACAAAACACAUCUAUUUGACAAGCAAGAUGGUUGAGGAAUACACAGGAUUGCAUGUACAGCCACAUAAGGCUAUUGUUGGAGCUAAUGCUUUUGCUCAUGAAAGUGGUAUCCAUCAGGAUGGAAUGCUUAAGCACAAAGGAACAUAUGAAAUCAUAUCACCUGAAGAUAUUGGAUUUGAACGAGCCGAUGAAGCUGGCAUUGUCCUUGGAAAACUUAGUGGACGACAUGCUUUAAGGCGCCGGUUAGAGGAGCUUGGUUAUGAUCUUCAAGACGAACAACUCGAAAGUAUAUUCUGGCAAUUCAAAGCAGUAGCUGAACAGAAAAAGAGAAUAACCGAUGCUGAUUUGAGAGCGUUGGUCUCAGAUGAAGUUUUUCAACCUGAAGUGGUUUGGAAACUUCUUGAUUUACAGGUUACAUGUGGAACCCUUGGUCUUUCAACAGCAACUGUUAAACUCAUUAAUGCUGAUGGGGAAGAGCAUGUUGCUUGUUCUGUUGGAACAGGUCCAGUGGAUUCAGCUUACAAAGCUGUUGAUCUCAUUGUGGAGGAACCAGUAACACUCCUUGAGUACUCUAUGAAUGCAGUUACAGAAGGUAUCGAUGCAAUCGCCACUACUCGAGUCCUAAUCCGAGCAGAAAAAAGUCGUACAUCCACUAAUGUUUUAACCGGAGAAACAGUUCAACGAACGUUUAGUGGCAUUGGAGCUGGAAUGGAUAUCGUUGUUUCAAGCGUUAAGGCUUACAUUGGUGCGAUAAACAAGAUGUCAGGUUUCAAAGAAAGGUCUCCGAUUCCAAGUACCAUCGCUGAAGAAAGAACCCCAGUGUCUGCAUGAAGAGUUGCAAAAAACGCAAUUCUUAUGAUUAUAGUGUCAUAGUGUAAGAUUUCCUUGUGAAUUCAUAUUUGUUGUGCAAAAUGUGUGGAAAUUUUGAUGGAAAUGCUAUUGUUCAGGUUGUGAUAGGUGUUGUUGUUAGUGAAACUUGUAAAACUAAAUUCAAGGUUUUUGACUUGAUGACAGGUCUAUUUCUAAUUUUUAUUUUCUUGAA